AUGCCUACUGGAUCGUGCCUAUGUGGUGACAUCAAGGUAUCUUACACGGGCGAUCCUCCGUAUACGUCUAUCUGCUACUGUGACGACUGCAGAAAGAUAGGCCUCGCCCAACUCUUCCCCAUCCCCGAAGACAGCUUCACCUUCGACUUCGGCAAAGACAAGGUGAAGGUACAUACCAAGGUGGCCGACUCUGGCUUCGAUGUCAGCACGCAUUUCUGUCCGUCUUGCAGCGUCGCGCUGUACCGCACCUCCACGAAACCUUCUUUUCAAGGCAUCAUUGGUCUCAGGGCCGGCGUGAUUGAUGAUCAGAGUAUCGUCAAUGCCGCAACACCCAAACUCGAGAUCUUUGCUGAAAGGCGACCGAUUUAUAUCGAUCCUAUUCCAGGUACUCAGAGGGUGAAUUGCAGGUUCGAGAAGAUAGACUAG